GUACAAGCUUUAAGAGGCGGAGUUGCAGGACUCAGCACGGCCAGCGAAUCACCGGGGGCUUUUUGACAGUACAGCCUUGGUGUAUUAGCGUGCACCGUACGCGCCGAUAACAUCGCGACAAAACGCCAUUGCCAUCGCCUCCCUCGCUCCUCACUCCUCAGCUUCUGCACCUGAACUAGCUUCAGAGAGGGAGAGAGAAAGAGAGAGAGAGGAUGCCGGAGGAGACGAAGUCGAUAGACUACGUUAUGGAGGCGGCUUCGGGGCCUCACUUCUCGGGGCUGCGCGUCGACAGCCUCGCCGCCGCUUCUUCCUCCCCAUCCGCAGCUGCAUCCGCGUUUUCUGCGGCCCUGCCGGACGCUACCUCUCUCAAACAACCCUUCGUCAUCGGAGUUUCGGGAGGUACUGCUUCGGGCAAGACAACAGUGUGUGACAUGAUCAUUCAACAGCUUCACGAUCACCGAGUUGUGCUUGUCAAUCAGGACUCAUUUUAUCGUGGUUUGACAGCUGAAGAAUCAGAACGUGUGCAUGAAUAUAAUUUUGACCAUCCUGAUGCUUUUGACACAGAACAGCUUUUAGAGUGUGUUGAAAAGCUCAAAUGUGGGCAAUCUGUCCAUGUCCCAAUUUAUGAUUUUAAGAACCACCGUCGGUGUUCAGAAAGUUUUCGGCAGGUCAAUGCAUCCGAUGUAAUUAUCUUGGAGGGAAUUCUUGUGUUCCAUGAUCAACAUGUCCGCAGCUUGAUGAAUAUGAAGAUUUUUGUUGAUACAGAUGCUGAUGUUAGACUUGCACGUAGAAUUCGGCGUGACACAGUUGAGAGGGGUAGGGAUGUAAACUCUGUUCUUGAACAGUAUGCCAAGUUUGUCAAGCCGGCUUUUGAUGAUUUUGUUCUGCCAUCAAAGAAGUAUGCUGAUGUGAUUAUACCUCGGGGAGGUGAUAAUCAUGUUGCAAUUGAUCUGAUUGUGCAACAUAUUCGCACAAAGCUUGGUCAGCAUGAUCUUUGCAAGAUAUAUCCCAAUGUUUAUGUUAUUCAAUCAACAUUUCAGAUAAGAGGAAUGCAUACACUGAUUCGAGACACGGAUAUAUCAAAACAUGACUUCGUCUUUUAUUCUGAUCGGCUUAUACGUCUGGUUGUGGAGCAUGGCCUUGGACAUUUGCCAUUCACUGAGAAGCAAGUGAUCACUCCUACAGGAUCAGUGUAUACUGGGGUUGACUUUUGCAAGAAAUUGUGUGGAGUUUCUAUUGUCCGAAGGAUUAUUCUUAACAGGGAUCAGAGGAUUUCUGCAAUGUUGACACUAGUGCAUGUAGUUCUCACAAAUAUUCCAUCUUCUCCAGGUGGUGAAAGCAUGGAAAAUGCUUUGCGAGCAUGCUGCAAAGGAAUAAAAAUUGGAAAGAUUCUGAUCCACCGUGACGGAGACAAUGGGAAACAGCUCAUAUAUGAGAAGCUUCCCAAGGACAUCUCAGAGCGGCAUGUUCUGCUUCUAGAUCCAGUCCUUGCUACAGGUAAUUCUGCUGGCCAAGCAAUUGAACUACUCAUACAGAAGGGAGUUCCCGAAUCCCACAUUAUAUUCCUGAACCUCAUCUCAGCUCCCGAGGGAAUCCAUUGUGUCUGCAAACGGUUCCCAUCCUUGAAAAUCGUCACUUCAGAGAUUGAUGUUGCUCUAAAUGAAGAGUUCCGUGUCAUACCGGGCAUGGGGGAGUUUGGUGAUCGCUACUUUGGCACUGAUGAUUGAUGGAUGAUGGUUGGUAUUUGGGAAGAGCAGAGUUUGUUAACUUGUAUUUGAGUGGGAUGGUAUUUUCUCUUGGAUUGAAUAGAUACCCAGGGAAAAGCUUAAAGAAAUUGGUUUAAGCUUUGUUCAUAAUUCAUUUAGGGUGCGAUUUUAUUUUACUCGGGGUGUGACGUCAUUUAGGGUGUGACGUUAUUUAUGCUCUGAUGAAAAAGUAUGAUUGCAUUUCAGCACUAUGAUGCAUAGAUUGUUAUGCGUUACUAGCUCUCAGAUGUAGAUGUACUUCUAGCACUAUGAAGCCUCGUGAUUUUCCUCAAGAGAAGAGAACGAUAUUCCUCAACUCAAUUGAAUUUAAUUUCAUUA